CAUCACAAGCCAUGUCAGCUAUGAUGCGUCGGGCUCAUGGAAGUACCAGCCAUGCUCAGCAGGAAAAAUUGAGAGCAGAAAAUCGGAGGCGCGAAGAGUUCAUUGAAGACAACAAUCGCAUGCUGAAGACAGAAUGUAUGAUAAAUGCUAACAUUCUUGCAGAAGAAAAAGUUGACAGCAAGAUUUUAAUCAGAAGACUACAAAGAGAAGCCCAGGAAGUUGAAAUGGAUAAAGCUUUACAAGAGAGCCAAACAGCGAAAGCAACACGUGAGCAGCAACUCCAGCAAGAGGAGGAGCUUGCCCGGGAGAUGGCAUCUCUGCGAACCAAAGAGAUGCAAGACAGCAAGUUGAGACAGCAAAUCAGGGAGACUAGCCACGAGAUAAGAGAGUUGGAGGCAAAGCUGAAAGCUGGUUACAUGAACAAGGAGCGUGCAGCACAGAUGGCUGAGAAAGAAGCUAGACGACAAGAAGAAAAGUAUUACGAGGAACAAUUGGCAAAAACUCUCCAAGACGAAUGGGAAAGAGCUCAGGAACUUGAAAGAGAGCAAGAGAGACUAAAGUGGGAGUCGAGUCAAAUGUACCAGCAACAGUUGGAGUAUCAACUUGCUGAACAAGAGGAAGCUAAACGGAAGGCAUAUGAGGACUUCCUUCGAGAGAAACUUCUCAUUGAUGAGAUCGUUAGGAAGAUAUUUGAUGAAGAUUUAAGAGAGACAGAGGAUAGACUCAAAAAACAACACCAGACACAAGAAUUCAUCGAGGAAUUCAAGAAAGCUCGAGAAAUGUGGAAAGAAAACGAACGUCUGCAACUUGCAGAGGAGAACAGAAGAAUUCUGGAGUUUGCCCAGCAGCAACAGACACGAGAAAGUGACAGAAUGGCAGUAAGGAUUGCUGAGGAGGAAGCAAAGGCCCAGGUCAGAAAUGACCUGGCUAACAAGCUUGCUAAACAAAACCAAGACAGAGAUGAACUUCAACAGAUCCGAGACGAACUGGCAUGGGAGGAAGAAGAGGAACAAAACAGACUUCGAGAAAGGGCGGAACGAGAGCGACAGAUAAGAAUGCGAUUGGAGCUGCAGGAGGUCGAGCGACAACAGUUACAUGUUAAGCAAGUUAAGAAGCAUGCUGAAAAAGAGGAAGACGACCGAUUCAGACAGGAGAUGUUGGCUAAAUUUGCCGAAGAUGAUAGAAUCGAACAAAUGAAUGCACAAAAACGUCGUAUGAAACAACUCGAACACAAACGAGCCGUAGAGGCCCUUAUCGAGGAUAGACGAAAACAAUUCGAAGCUGAAAAGGCGACCGAGAUGGACGAGAUGGAGCAAGAAAGGUCGAGGCAAGAAAUGAGACAACAGAUAAUUGAAGAGGAAAGGCAGAAACUCCUUAAAGAGCACGCCAAGCUGCUCCUGGGCUUCAUGCCAAAGGGGGUAAUGAGAGACAGCAAAGACUUAUCGCUCUUCGACGACGAAUUUAGGACGAACUUCGAGCCUAAGGAAGUUGAUUUCUUCGAUGAAAAGAACUGGUGAACUGUGUAUAUCUAUUGAAUAACAAUGCUUGAAUGUGAAGUUGGACAAAAAAGAUAUUAAAAUUACGACUACCUAAUUUUAGAUCAUAUUAUGGUAGCUGGACUUCUGAACCUAUUCGAUAUAUUUGUCAAACGCUUUUGUAAACAAAACGUAUCAAUAAA